AUGAAGUCGCGCGCAUCUGUCGCUCUCGCGCUGCUGCCGCUCGUGUGCGCGCUCCAUUCGUCAACCGCCGUCGACGUGCCGCUCGAAAGGGGGUUUGACCUCACGCGCGGCCUCCACUCGGACUUUGCCCAGCACUACUACCGCCUCUUUGCCACGGCCGGCGACCUCGCGCCCCUGCGCCACGUGCACGUCGACGCGCUCCCGCGGGAGCUGCAGCAGACGCUGCGCCGCUACUCGCUCGCGUUCAGCGACCUGCCCGGGCUGCUCCAGCGCGCAGUGCUCUGGGACGCGGGCUACGUCUUCACGUCGACGCACGCACUCGUGCGCGUAUACACGCGCUGCGGACGCUCAAUGGCAGAGCUUGUUGUGCCGCCAAAGGCCGUCGCGCGCAUGCAGUGCCCCGUGCGCACGUGCGCACUACCGGACGGGACGGUCUUCUACCGGGCAGUGGACUGCAAGACGUCGCAGCUGCUGCGCGCCGUACAGUGCGCCGUGGACGCCGGUCCGGACGUGUCGCCACCGGCGUACGCAGCGGUGUGGGGCGACGGCGGCGACCUCGAGACGGUGCCGGAGGUCACAGUGCUCCGGCACGUGGAGGGCGACGCCGGCAUCAACGGCACGUCGCAGCUGAUCUUUGCUUUGCACACGGCUCGGCACGAAGUAGCGCUCACGCAGUGUCCGCGCACGCCGGCCAUGAUCAUCCCGUGCGCGCCGUUCAGUGCCGUUGAGCCGCUGCGGUGGUGUCGGCCGCGGCCGGGGGCCGUCGCGUCGGCGUGGCUGGCCAAGUUCGCGGCCGACCAGAAGGAAGACAAGACGUGGCUGCUCGUGCCGCUGUGCCUCGUGACGGUCGUGACGUUCAGCACUGUGGCCGUGUACCGCUACCAGUCGGCCAUGAGCCAGGAAGCCCAGCGAGAAGUCGACCUCUUCAUGCGGGAGAACCAGCACUUGUUUGACAAUGGCGCCGUCGAGGCGUUCCUCGUGCCGACGCGGAAGAAGCAAAGCCGAGCAAGCGCCCAUAGUCUUUCGGGUACAAGUCAGCAGCAGCAGCAACAGCAGUCCCGAUCACGUUCGUCAAGUAGCAGGUCGGACCACUCGGAGGGUGAGGUGUCCGCGACGUCGGUGAGCUACGACGACGGGGUCCAGAACGCGGCCGCGUUCGAGCACUUUGACGCGACCAUUGGCCUGUCGGCGUCGGCGUUUGAUCCGCUGUUUGCAUCGAGCGCACACCUUCGGCCGCUGCCUAACGAGGCAGACAGCAGUGGCCCCGACGUGGCGGGUACGGACUCGACAGGGAACAACGACAAGACGGCCCAGAAGAACGAGCUGGUCAUCCGGAGCUUCCGCUUGUUCGAGUCGCACCGCAAGAUCCGGCGCCUGCGCAUUCCGCUGGGCGAGUUGCAGCUCGUGCGGCCGCUGUCGCGCGGUGCGAGUGGCGAAGUGUGGCUGGCGCUCCAUGACCACACGCACGUGGCGGUCAAGCAGCUUGUGCCGGACAAGCGGCGCCUGUUGCCGGAGAUUGAGAUGUUCCUCGCCGAGAUUUACCUCCUGGCGCAGCUGAAACAUCCGCACAUUGUGACGCUGAGGAGCAUUGCGUGGAACACGCUCGAGCACGUGGUGAUGGUCCAAGAGCACAUGGAAAGCGGCGAUCUCCAGCAGUUCCUGGCCCGACAAUUGGCGGCCAACCGCUCGUCGCUCAGCUUUCACACCACUGCACUGGGGAGACGCUCGGGCUCUGUCGUGCCACCGAUCGACGAAGCUGCUGCUGCUGCUGCCGGUACUGCUGCGACACUGUCCGGAUCGUUUGGCGGUCCUGGAGUGGGUCUCCUCAUGACUUCAGCGGGCCACGCGACGUCGUCGAACCACUUUACAUGGGCCAAACAGAAGCUCGCGAUCGCGCAGGCCGUCACGAGCGCCCUGACUUAUUUGCACGCGCUGAGCCCCCAGGUCCUCCACCGCGACGUCAAGUCGCGCAACGUGCUGCUCUCGGCUUCGCUCGACGCAAAGCUGUGCGACUUUGGCAUCAGUCGACGCAAGCGCGUGGGCCGCGAAGACGGCAGGACGAACUGCACGGCCACUGGAGCUGCUGGGACGCUGUCGUGGACAGCCCCCGAGCUGCUGCUGGGCGAAGCGUACUCGGAGAAAGUGGACAUUUACUCGCUCGGCGUGCUCUUGAGCGAGCUGGACACGUGCCUGUUGCCGUACCACGACCCGGCGUCGCUGGCCGAGCGCCUCGCGCAGCACCCGCUCCGGUUGAUGCGUCGGAUUGUGCACGACGGGCUCCGUCCGCCGCUCUCGGCCGACUGCCCCGUGCCCAUCACGCAGCUGAUUGCAGCGUGCGUGGCGCGGGAUCCAGCGCAGCGACCGCAAGCAGCUGACGUGGGGGCCUGGCUCGCCAGUGCGCGGGGCGAGCGACUGCUUCGCACGAGUGCGAACGCACUGAUCUCGUGA